UAUACUUGAGCUUGAGAAUUAUUAUUCAUUGAAAACACCCAUUGGUAUUGAAGUGUUAUUAAGAACUUCAUGAACCUAAAAUUCUCAUAGCCCUGUUCACAAAAUUCAUUUGAAUUAGUCAUCAGUAUUGUCUCAAAUUGAUAUAAUACAAAUUUCACAAUGGAUUCUGAUGAGAGUAAUGAUGAGUUUUUGGAUAAGCAGAUGAUGGAUCAAUUUUUGGAUGAACAUGAUAACAGUUCAAUAGAGGACUAUAAUGUUUCUGGCAUAUCAACACAAAAACCAAUGCUUAGUUGUCAAACUCCGUCCUCCAAACACUUGAAAAUUCUAAAAAAAUAUUUUGGUCAUACUACUUUCAGGACUUUGCAAUGGCAAAUUAUUAGUUCUAUACUAAAUGACAAAAGGGACAAUUGUGCCAUUAUGUCAACAGGUUAUGGAAAGUCCCUUUGUUAUCAAUAUCCAGCAAUUUAUUCAGAAGGAGUAACAUUAGUAAUAUCACCCCUAAUUUCUCUCAUGGAGGAUCAAGUAUAUUCCCUGAAAGUUGCAAAAAUAUCCGCAUGUCUGUUGGGAACAGCACAAAAAGAAAAGACAAAGGUGUUGAAUCAGAUUUUUGAAAAUAAAUACUCAAUUAUCUAUCUUACCCCAGAAUUUGCUACUGGUGAAUAUGGAAGUGCUAUUUUAGAACGUAUGAAACGAGAAUUAAAUGUUUGCUUAAUAGCUGUAGAUGAAGCUCAUUGUGUGAGUAGUUGGGGACAUGAUUUUCGUCCACAGUACCGAAAAUUAUCAAAAAUUAAAGAAUACUUACCUGGUGUCCCUAUAUUAGCUGUUACUGCAACUGCUACAAAACAAGUAGAGACUGACAUCAUCAAAUCUCUAAGGUUGAAAAAUCCACAAAUAACCCAUUCUAGUUUUGAUAGACCUAACCUAAACCUCGAAGUGUAUCAAAAAAGUCAACAAGGACCUUCAGCUGAUUUUCUUAAAGUUUCAGAGAACAAAUUGGGUACCUUGAAAUUUCCUGGACCAACAAUUGUGUACUGCUUAACAAGAAAAUUCACUGAAACUAUAGAACAACUUCUUAAAUCUAAAGGUGUCAACUGUGCUGCUUAUCAUGCUGGUAAAGGUUUGAACGAAAGAAAAGAGAUACAUGAAAAAUUUCUUAGAGACCAACUCGAUGUGGUUGUUGCAACUAAUGCUUUUGGAAUGGGCAUAGAUAAACCUGACAUAAGAUGUGUUGUGCAUUAUGGAACUCCUAGCAGUAUCGAAGCAUAUUAUCAAGAGAUUGGAAGAGCAGGUAGAGAUGGAGAACCCGCUAGAUGUGUUAUGUUUUUCAGUGAAAGUGACUUCCAAACACAUCUAAUGCUUGCAGAAAAAUCUUACGCAGCUGCUAAAGAUCACAAGCAUUCUCUGACCGGCAUUGUGAGGAAAUAUCUGUAUUCUACAGAAUGUAGAAGGGCAUUCAUUCUGUCGUACUUUGGAGAAAAAUACACUGGUGAAAAUAAACAGUGUUGUGAUAUUUGUUAUGCUAAAUUGUAUGGUGCCGAACAAAAUUAUGAAGGUUUAGAUAAAGAAGGCAAGUAUGAUUUUACAAAUGAUGCAGAAAAAAUGUUGAGAAGUGUUGAUGCCUUAGGAGGUAGAUAUGGAUUGACAACAUAUAUUUUAUUUCUUCGUGGUUCUCGAGGUAGCAAAUUGAAGGAAAAUCACAAAAAGCAUCCUUUUCAUGGUUGUGGUAAAGAUAGGAAUGAGAAUUGGUGGAAAUCCAUCUGCAAUAUUUUGGUAGAAGAGGGGUAUAUUAUGAGAAAAACUGUUAAUUUCUCAGGAUUCAGUAGUUACAUCUUUGAUUUGACUGAUAAAGGGACAGAGUUCUUAGAGAAACUCUCAGUAAAUAAUAACUCUGUAAAAUUGAAAUUAAAGCCACGAUCAGAUAUUUUGGAACAAAUAAAAGCCAAACCGAAAAUUGAAGUUCGGAGUUAUAAUACGGGAGCAGAAGCUCAAUCAAGUUCUAAAGCUGUUCUGGUUGAAAAUAUUAUCCUCAAAAAUAGAGAGGAAGAGUUGGACAAAAAGUUGUAUUCCUUAAUCAUGGACAAAAGAUACAAAAUUGCGGAUGAGAGAGAUUGUAUGCCGCACAAUGUAAUAUCAAUUCCUGAUAUAAGGGAGCUAAUAAAAGUCAAACCAAGAUCACUUAAACAACUAGAAAAGUGUCAUUUUGAAAUGUUUUCUGAGGUGAAAAUUCAUCAAUUUGGACAAAAGCUAAUCGAUAUUAUUAUUGAAGAGUGUGGUCCCGGUUCUAAUGAAAAUGAAGGUAUAACAAAAAUGAGCAUUGUUGAAGCAUUGCUCAAAGUGCCUUUAUUAGAAAAAUCUAGUGCAAGCACCGAUAUAACUUAUAAUCUAUUCAAACAAGGGAAAAGUAUUCAAGAAAUCAGCGAACAAAGAGUUAUGUCUCCAAAUACUAUCUUCAGUCAUUUAGUGGAUUGUAUGAAGAAGGGUCUUCCAAUUAAACUAGAAGAAAUGGGUGUGGAUAAAACUAAAACUCUCGUUAUCUUAAGAGCAAUUCUUGAAACACCAGGUAAUUUGAUGACUCCAAUCAAGGAGAAAUGUCCACCUGAAAUAUCUUGGAACGAUUUAAAAGUUGUUAUGGCAUACCAUAAUGUAAGGAAUCAUUUGAUGCAAAAUCAAAUUGUUUACGAGGAUUUUGAAGACUUUUCCUUCGAAGCCCUAGAAAGUGAAGCAGGCUCUCUAGACUUGAAUAAUUCUACAAUAGAAGAAAAUAAAGAAAAAGAAGUGAUUGAUUCUAAAAGUGUUAUGACUGAAGAAGAGAGGCAACUAGAAGAAUUUUUAAUGUUGGGAGCAGAUCUCAUUCUAGAAGAUGAGGCAAAUAUGCAAAAAAAAUCAACAGAAGUACAUGAAAAAGAGAAUUUGUGUAACAAUUCUGUAUCUGAAAGUACCAACAAUGUUUGUGAUGAUUCCUUUGGUAUUAAGAAUCCAAAGACAAAGGAAAUUGUAGGCAUGAAUCCAAAUUCAAAAAUAAAUAAUGUAACUGGAAAUAAUGCAGUUGCGAGUGCUUCUUAUAUCAAAAGAAAAUGCUCAGAAAUUGAAUCUGGAUCAGAUUGUGAUCUUUUCGAUGAAGCGUUUGAUUCUCCUCCUAGUAGUCCUAUCAAUGUAAAAAAUCCAUUUAAGAUUAGAAAAAAAAAUUAGAUUUGUUAUUUUUACAAAUUCUCAUAAUUCUGAUAUAUUCAGACGAAUUUUUUCCUACAAAUGAAUAUAGAAGUCAAACUUUGGCUGUAUUUUUUGAAUGAUAUACAUAUCUGAAGGAUGUUAGUGCCAUUAUAAAAAUAUAUUCAACUUUGGAAAUGAAACAAUUCAUUUUUUUGUCAAAUGCUUCAUUCAAGGUGAAAUGAUGAGCAUUUUGAUAUUGUGAUAUUAGAAGAUAGAAAUAACAUUAAAUUGCUUAGUUUGAGAUUGGUUGAUAUCUUUUAGUUUUUUUUUGUUGAAAACUCAUUCACUGUUAACAUUAAAAAUUUGAAAAUAAGUGGAAAACUAAACUUCAUUGUUUAUGAUUCGUCUAAUUGUUUGUAGUUGUUAGAUAUUUUUGUCAAUUCAUUACAUUUGUUUGUGUAUAACUUUAAAUAUCCGUUUAUAGAUCUCGGUACCAGAUUUUGGUACAAAUCAUUUGAUAAAUUAAUAUAUGAACUCCAAUUA